UAAACAAAAUCUUUACUAUAGGAAGUCCGGUAAAAGUAAUUUUGUGUAUAUGUUUUUGUAUUCCUAAUAAGAAUGGAAACAAAAGGUGGUUCGAAUAUGUGGUGGCUGAAGAGCAACAGUAAGAAAGUGUGUGAUAAUGAAGACAAUAAUAAAUUGGAUAGGGAAAUCACAUCUUCCUUGGCUGAAUAUUUGGAGAAUGAAAAGGAUUCCAAGCAGAGUGAUGAUGUCAAUGGGAAUGAAGAUGACGAUGUUGAUAUUGGUAGCAUAUUGGAGGAAAUCUCAAGGAUCUCAGCGAAAAGUCCAUUGGGUCCAUAUGAUAACUUGAGUGGAGAGAGAAGUAUUGAAGACAUCAUGAAGGAAGCUGAAAGACUCUACAUGGAGAGCUCCAAGAGUUUCGAACACUUGAGUCAGAAGUCAAAAACUUCUGAGAAUGUAACAGAGCUGGGCAGCAAUAGAAGUAAUAAUUCCACACCAACACCAAAGAGCUUGAGCCCAUUGCCAUUGGAUGAGGAAAUCAAAAAGUCCAGUGAUUCUGAUGUGGAGAGUGAAGUGAGCUUUGUCAGUGAAGAAUCAAUCAAAGAGACCAAGUAUAGUCUGGAUUUUGAGACAGCUUCAUCAAAUGAGAAGGUCACAGAGGGUAGUAAACAUGAUUUGGAGGAGAUUGAAAAGAAGGAUGGUGUUAUUAAGAUGUUGAUUCUGGAUAAUAAAGGACUUAAGGAGGAGAUUCAAUCAUUGCAGAGCAGAAUCGAGGAGACGCAUCGACUGUUCGAAGAGGCUAGAGCACAAAAUGAGAGUCAGGAGUUGGUCGACACUCUGGAACGGCUCAAGGACACGGAGGAAGCGAACACCGCGUUGCAACUGCAGUUGAACGAGACCAAUAGAGCGCACCAUGCGCUUAAGACUAAUUACGAGGAACUGCUCGACUCUAAUAAGAUCCUCGAGCGAAAGCUGUUGGACGUCGAUGCUGCCAUGGAAAAGUACAAGCAAGAAUUGCUGCAGGCUAUGAAGCAGAAAGAUAAGGUUUCGGAAAGCGAGAUCAGCAUGACUAAGCUUUUGGAGGUUGAGAGGUUGCAGGUCAAGAAUUUGAAAAUGCAGUGUGAGAAAGAUGCAAAGUCCAUAUUGGAUUUGAAUAGGCAGAUUAAAGAGAUGGAGAGGAUUAUAGCGAGGAAACAUCCGGAUUCGGUUUCCGCUUUGAUUGUCGCUGCAAAAGGUGAAUCGGUGGACAGUCGCAGGGUGCUGGAAGAAAGAAUCAAGGCUUUAGAGCAAGAGGCUUUGGCCCGAGACGCACAAAACUCGCAAGUCUUCAUCGAUGUCCAGGAGAAGUUUAAUCAGAUGAAAUUAAAGUACGAGAGUCACAUCGACGAUCUCGAGUUGCACGUGAACGAUCUGAAGAUGCAACUGAAGAGGAAAGUGGACAGUUACGAUGUUUACACGCAAACUGCUCGUGAGGAUCAGAAGAUUCCGCAGAAGGACGUGAGCAGCGUCGCUGUGCAGGUUGGCGAUAGUGGUAGAAGCGCCAAAACUGGAAGGAAGGACGAUGCGCAUCUUCUGGCGACGAUCCGCGGUUUGCAGGCAGAUCUGACCAACAAGGAGAAAGUAAACGUUAAACUGCAGAAGGAGAUUGAGGAACUCAGGAAGACGAAUCGACGAUUGCAAAAGGAGCGCGAGGGUAGCUUGAAGAAUUUGACGGAUCGUCGAGAGUUCCGCAGUUAUCCGGAGAAGUUGGCCGAACAAAAGGAUACCAGUUUAGAGGACGAAUUGAAGGCAGUCAGAACGGAACGGGAUAAGAUGAAGAAACAACUUUGCAGGAUCGAAGAGGACUAUCAAGCCUUGAAGGCUAAACGCUUGCAAGACUUGAAUACGUUGCAAGAAGCACACGAGCGUGAGAUUUCCACUUACUUGGCGAAUAUAACACCGCUUAGGGAGCAGCUGGAGGUGCAGCAGGUCUCGAUAAGCAGCCUCCAGCAGCAGCUGAUUGCCGCCAAGGAAGAGUUAGCCGUCGUUACAGUCGAGAGGGACCACUUGAAUAAUAAAAUGUUCGUCGUCAGUCGUCAGGACAUCCCCAAUGGGAACGAACCUGAAGUCGUUGCUCUGAGGAACAAAGUUUCAGUGUUGGAGAUGAAGUACGAGGAACGAGAGAACCGGUUGCGGGCCAUAGUCCACGGACUGGCACAGAAGUCAGUGAUGAACAGGAGCUGUGACCAAUGCGCGACAAGACAACAGCAGCUGAUCGGAUACAAGGCCGAACUCGACCAGUUGAUAGCCACCUUAAGAUGCCUGAAAUAGCGAGAAACACACAUUUUCAACUGCUUGCCACACCGUCCUCCAUUUAUAUUUAUUUCCAUUACUUCAUUUAUCUUGAGUAAAUAAUAAUAAGCACAAACAGAGGCUGU